UGAAAGUGAUAUAGAAGCAAUGAGCCUCAUACAAUUUACGUCCUUCUUGGCGAUGGAGAUGGUUCCUCUGUUCUCGCCCUGCAUGUUCGGAGACAGAGUCCACGGGGAGGUCAGGCGCUUGAGGGAGCUCCUGGCUUCUAGGCUCUAUGAGAAUAAGCUCGAUAAAUCGGGCUGCAGCGCUGCGCGCGCGCUCCUCGCGCUGACCGAGGCGCGGGACCUGUCGUUCUCCCUGCUGCGGAUGUUUCAAGUCGACAUAUCUCUGCCCUUCAAGCUCAUCGGCUUGCUCGUCACAUAUCUUAUUAUUCUACUGCAGUUUCAGAAAGUUAUUAGCCCCACUGCAUCGUCAAUUUCGUCUUAGCUAAAAAUACGGAAAAGCAAGAUGAAGUGCUCUUAAAUUUUUAUUUAAAAAUUUUAAUAUCACUUGAUU